UCUCAGGGGCGACCUACCUCCCUAUCUACUUUGCCGGCCUCCGGCAGCAUCACCCAUCCGCCCAGGGACCUCGGAUACUGAGCCGGCGCGACUGAUUGAAAAUUGGAGUUGAAGAAUUGGAAAGAGGAGACACAAAGCCGCGAAGUGGGAAAACACAGGCGCCAGGUUCCGGGGCCUUCUCAGUUAUCCGGGGUCUCUUGGCCGGUGGACGGACGCAGAUCGGCUUGGAGGCAUCCCGUCAUCAGGGUCUCCUCCGCACCAGCAACCCCGAAAGCUCCCAUUUCCGAUUCAUGCGCCCGGUUAUCGACUUAGCCGAAGUUCGAGUGCGGAUGCAGAUGCGAAAGAAAAAAUGCACGAAAAUGCAAUCUUUCAAUCAGCAAACGUCCUAUUUUCGGCCUUCCUUGGAAGAUUGCCCAAUGGUGCCGUUUUGUCCUCACGCUGGCUGCCGGUUUUAUUGUUGCCUGCUGCUGGUUGCUCUCACGGUCUGGGCGGCCUGUGUUGGUGGAUGUCAUGCGGUGCACUGGUUUUCGGAACUGCGGCUAUGCCGCAGCAGUCUUGCAGGAAUUCUUGGUGAAUGUGCUGGCUGACUCUGCUGAUCUUUUAGCUUACGCACUAGUCCAAAUUUGGCGCGCCAUCCUACCCCACCCGAGCCCCACUUCACAUCCAAAAAUCAACCCACCCAGAAAAGAAUCCGCCCACCCACAAAAUCGCGUUCC